CAUCUUUGAGUUCUCUUUUCUUCUUCAAAUCAUUUCUGUACACUUGUUUUGACGACCGGUUAGAGCGUCUGCCUCACAGUUCUGAGGACCGGGGUUCGAUCCCCGGGCUCGCCUGUGCGGAGUUUGCAUGUUCUCCCCGUGCCCGCGUGGGUUUUCUCCGGGCAUUCCGCCUUCCUCCCGCAUCCCAAAAACACGCGUGCGAGGUUCAUUGAAGACUCUAAAUUGCCCGUAGGUGUCAACGCGAGUGCCAAUGGUUGUUUGUUUGUACUGUGCCCUGCGAUCGGCCGGCGACCGGUUCAGGGCGUACCCCGCCUCUCGCCGGAAAAUGGCCGGGAUGGGCUCCGGCACGCCCGCGGCCCGCGUGAGGAGAAGCGGCUGAGAAAAUGGCCGUUUUGUGUUCCCAUCCACGUCACGAGUGGGAGGAGCCGCUCGACUGUCAAAACUAAGACACACACACACACGGGAGAGGUGUGUGUUAGUUCUUUUUCUUCUUCCUCUUCUUUUUCUUUGUGCGUCUUCCUGUUUUUCCUCCUCCUCUUUCUUUUUCCUGGUCCUCUUUUUUCCUCCUCCUUCCCCCCUUCCUUCUCUUCUCGCUCUCUUUCCUUUGCUGCUCCUUUCUCUUUCUCCUCCUAUUAUUCCUCUUUUUCCUCUCCUUCCACCUUCUUCAUGCUCUUCUAUUCUUUUCUCUCCUUCUUAUUCCCUACUCCUCUUUUUCCUCCUCCCUCUUCCUUCUCUUCUUCCUCCUCAUCUUUUGUCCUCUUUCCUCCUCACAAUCUCCCUUUUCUUGCUCUUCCUCCUCCUUUUUCUCUUUUCUUCUCCUUCCUUCUUAUCCUUCCUCUUGUUCCUCGUCUUCUACCUUUCCUUUCCUCCUCGUCCGUCUUCCUCUUCAUCCUCCUUUUUUCUUUUUCCUGCUUUUCUGCCUUCUUCUUUCUCAUCCUUAUUUUUCCUUCCUCUCCUCUUCCUCCUUGUCCAGCCUCCUUUCUCUUUUUCCUGCUAUCUCUUCCUUCUUCUUCCACCUCUUUUUCAUGUUCUUUUUCCUCCUCCUCCUUCUUCCGUUCCUGUUCCUGUCCAGGUGCGGUUCAGUGUUGCGGAGAUGAAGAUCAGCGGCGGCGGCGGCGGCGGCGGUUGUCGCGACGUGUCGUCGUUGCUGAGCGUUUGGGAAUCUCACGUCAAGAAACAUCGGCAACGUCAGAAGAAAGAACAGGAAAGGAAGGACAGGAGCGCCCUCACCAGGUCACAGGCCGCGCAACCGGCAAUAAUCGGCAUGAUUAAUCAUCGAUGAACAAUCGGAUCGAACAACAGUGGCAAUAUCGCCUCUACUGCAGGACGCGCGACACGCGACAACGCAACGUGUUCGACAACAGCCUGAACACAUCGACACACAACACACACUCAGUUGAGCGUCGUGCUGGAGAAGGUCCAGAAGGGAAGGUUUUGGAUGGUCCCGACGCCGGUGCCGACGCCUUGUUGUUCCGUCUGUCCGGUGAGCAGUGGCAGGAUUUACCAGGUGAUCUUCAGUGGAAAACGUUUCUGCUUGAGUGGCACGUGAGCGGCACCAAAAUCCAGAAGCUUCCGGACUACUUGGCGUCCUUCAGUCUCGUGAGGGUGCUGCACCUCGCCAAAAACAAACUGGAAGAGCUGCCCCUUGACAUCGGAAAGCUGCUGGAGUUGCGCGAGCUGAACGUCAGCUACAACCGUCUGUCGGCCGUUCCCGCCCAACUCGGGAUGUGCCGCAACCUGGAACGGCUGGAACUUGCCGGAAAUCGGAACCUGUCCGAGCUGCCUUUUGAGCUGAGCUCCCUGAAGCGUCUGGCUCAUUUGGACAUCGCCGAGAACGGCUUCGCGUCCAUCCCCGUGUGCGCUCUGCGGAUGAGCGCCCUGCGGUUUCUCGACCUCAGCGACAACCGACUCAGCGACCUGCCACAGGACAUGGACAGGCUGCAUUCGCUGGCGACGCUGUUCCUGCACAACAAUCGGCUUUCGUACCUUCCUCAAUGCCUCACCAACAUCGCCACGCUCAAGAUGGUCGUCGUCAGCGGCGACCAUCUCGUUUGUGUACCCACGCAACUUUGCAGCAGCCCCAACAUCAAGUUCAUCCGCCUGUACGCCAGCCCGGCCAGCGACGACAACACGACGAAGAAGACGAAGGCCGACGUGAGGGGGAAGCGGAGAGGAAGACGAGCAGGACGACAGGAAGAGGACGACGAAGAGGAGACGAAGGACAGCAGGGAGAAAGAAUUCAUGGCCGCUUACGUCAGCACACUCGAGGACAGAGAGGAAGUGCCCUACUCCACCACCAAAGUAAACAUUUCCUGUCUGCUCUGACCCCGCCCCCAGGAGGCGCCAACGCUAACCCCGAAUCUGAUUGGUCCUUUUGUUCAUCACGAAGACAUCCAAAACAUUCUCACUCACAAUGCAAUUUGUUUUUAAUUCAUAAUCAUAAUAAUAAUUAUAAUAAUCUCUACUUCAGGUAUUCCUCUUUUGUUUUGAAAAGGUCAAAUGACGUUUUGUGUUGUUUUGUGGGGUAAAAAAAAAAUGUCAUUCCAAAAUGUGAUUUCCAAGUUUUCUGUUGAAAAAUGUCGCCUUUGUCAAAAAAAUUAAAUGCAAAAAGUCAACAAAAAGUUCAAAGAGGACAAAAUAUUUUCUUCUUUGUUGUCAUCCAAAUAAAUGUGUUAAAAGUCAAAAACACUUCUUCAUUCGUCCCAUUAAAAUUGUGGACUGGUUGCCAGUAAGUCGUUACCGGGGCGUU